GUCUAAUGCAAAUUGUACGUAUUACUGUAUCAACACCAAAUCGCCGUGGGACAUUUCGCGCCUAGGGCCGCCCUGCACACCAUUUCGCGUCACAACAAGCGAAUUUAGUUAGCUGUUUGGCCGAUCUACACAUUUACGUUGAGAUACGCUACUUUACCGCUGUGCGCGCUGCGCACAGUGCUUCCUCCAACGUGACUGCGCGGGGCUGUUGAAGACAGAAUGUGCGCGGCACCCCGCGAGCUGGCACGACACACAGCCGAGCACUCCAAGCUGCUGGCGCAGCGGGCGACGCACACCGGGGCGCUGCCGUCUGGCGCAGCGUCUGAAUCAGCAUCGGGCUCUGGGCAAGCUCGUGUCGCCGCGGCGGUACUGGCAUCAGCCGCAGCAGUUGCAGCUGCUGCAGCGACAUUGUCGACCCAACGAAGCAUGGUUGAUGUGGCAACUGAGCCGAGAGCAUCGCCGUCGGGGUCAUCCGCCGUUGCAACGUAUGACGGGCUCUCAUUUGUCUCGCACAUGGUGGCGGGCUCCAUAGCGGGCACGGUGGAGCACACGGCCAUGUACCCGGUGGACACGAUCAAAACGCGGAUGCAGGCGCUGUACCACCCAGGACACUCGGGCUCAGUGGUAUCACGCUCCUCGAUACGGCAAAUGGUCCGGGGCGUGUUGCAACAGGACGGCGUGGCGGGGCUGUACCGCGGAGUGGGCGCAGUGGCGGCUGGCGCGGGUCCGGCACACGCACUCCACUUCGCUGUGUAUGAGGCGGCCAAGGAGGCGCUGGGCGGUAACCGCGAGGGGCUGCACCCACUGGAGACGGCGGCCGCCGGCUGUGUGGCCACUGUAGUGAAUGACGCGCUCAUGACGCCCGUGGACAGCGUCAAGCAGCGUUGUCAGCUGGAGGGCUCGCCCUAUCGUGGCGUGCUGGACGCGGCUCGCUCCAUGCUGCGCAACGAGGGCUUGGGUGCCUUCUUCCGAUCCUACCGCACCACCCUGGUCAUGAAUGUGCCCUUUACUGCCAUGCACUUCUCCGUGUACGAGACGUCCAAGAAGCUGCUGCUAGGCAAGGAGGGCGGCGGCGAGGACGAGGAGACGCUGCAGGUGCAGCUGGUGGCGGGCGGGCUGGCGGGCGGCUGCGCGGCGGCGGUGACCAACCCACUGGAUGUGGUCAAGACGCGGCUGCAGACGGCGGACCCGGCCAAGUACGGCAGCGCGGCGGUGAUUCCCACGCUGCGGCAGAUUGUACGGGAGGAGGGCAUGCAGGCGCUGUGGCAGGGCUUGAAGCCGCGGGUGCUGUUCCACAUACCCGCGGCGGCCGUGUGCUGGGGCACCUACGAGACCAUGAAGGACCUGCUGGCAGGCAGCGGCAGCGGACAGCACUGAACAUAGCGUUAGGACCGGAAGCAGCACUAGAGAGAAACAAACGCAAUUCGCCAUUGAUUGGUACCCGGAAGUAUAUUGGAACGCCGUGUUGAGCGUUUUGGUCACGCAGAUUAGGCAUGUGGAGUCGGUGGCGCCCCAUCCAUCAGGGCGCUGGAGGGCCAUGUCUCGCCCGGGUAGCAGGUAGCAAGCUUGAAUCCCUUUGGGAUGGCAGCUCGGGCAGGAGGGCCCGCUUCUUGGUUGUUGGUAUGCUCCAAGCAGGAGGGCAUAUAUGGCAGGUCGGAUUUUGAGGCGAUGAAGCAUGCGGUUGCGUAACAAUGAACGCGGUGUGAUGAUAAGGGGCUGGGUUACAGAGGCAUGUCCGGCAGAUGUUGCAGACCCACUCGUGCUGCGGUAGUCAGCUUUGCAUGUUCGUUCUAUGGUGAGCAUGCAUGUGUAUCACGGACAUGCAGAAGUCAUGUCCAACGCGGCGCUCUUUAUCUCAAUGCAGCUUUGCUAUUUUGAGCCCCGCAUACGCAUAACGGCACACACUGAAAUACGGGGCAGAAUGGCGCGGGUCCAGUUGGAGAGUUCCCUGCGUGUUACUGGUAUGUGUUCGUGCCGCAGGGGGGUGCGAAGACGGUGUUUGUGUGUGCAGCACCAUUUGUAUGUGUACAACAAACGUUUCCA